AAUAGGUUCCCACCACAUAUACUCCGGGCCCCAGGUCUCGUGCUCGACAUUGCUCCUCCCGCCAAGCCUUAAAGACGAGCAUCGCCAGCCAGUUAUUUGAUUUUGGCGAAACUGCUUGUCUUUCUGUGCCUAAACACCGCCAAAGGAAAAGAGUCCACAGCGCGAGGCGUCACAUUACCCAUCAGCAACACAACCACAUCCACCCCCCCUCCGCCGUCAAAAUGAGGUCAACCACUGCCAUACUCUGUUUCUACCUGGCAUCCUGGGCAUCAUGCACGCCCAUUCCUCUCGUCCUCGUCGACAACCUCGAAGCAGUCACCCCCGCUGCGCACCCACCAGCCCCUAUCGCAUUAACAAGGCCAGAGCAAGCCAUCCCCAAAGUCCUCAUCGUGGACCCUCUCGACGCCCCCUCCGAGGAGCCAAUCGACAACCACCCGAUCACCCCCUCCAGGACGGCCUCGCCGACGGCGGUCCUGGCGUCGCCGCAGCCCGUGGUGACGUCGUACCUUCUCUCGCUCGCCCGGCUGGGCUUUGGCAGGCGGUUCCAGGCGUUCUACGCCGCGCAGUUCCAGUCGGACGAGGACGAGUACGCGUCGUCGUCGUCGUCGUCGUCGAUGGACGUGGCCGAUUCGGGGGCGCCCUGGGCGAGCAUGGCCAGCUACUACCCCACCGUCACAAGGGAACGGGGCGACGUGCUCGCCAUCAGCCUCGUCGCCAUCUUCCUGUUCUUUGUUGUCGUCGUGGAGGCGUGGUCUGCCGUCUCGGACAGAGCAAGGGGCGCUUUCUCGAGGCGUGGUCCAAUCCACCUAAAGGAGGGGUUCAGCAGCCGGGCGCUGUCGAUCCGGGCGGACGAGAGCGAUGCGAGGCCAUUCCCAACGAGUGAAAAGUCGGGGCCGAUAGAUGUCUAGCCCCCGGGGAGGCGCACAGCAUGGCGCGACGCCAUGCUCGAGUUGCAUUUCGAUUGGGUGUUCAACGGAGUUCGAUGGUACGGUCUGGAGUGUGUGCUACGGUGUUGCGUCGCAUCGCGGGUGUUCGGUUCGAAUUGCGCGGCGUUCUUUGGAGCUUCUUGGCUUGAGGAUUGGUUACAUACAACCAAAGAGAGGGGGAUGAAUGUUACCACGAGCGAGCAUCUGUAAGAGGGCGCUGACAGCGAGCCCCGUGUGCUUUUUUUGGUUAGCUUGAAGGCUUGGCAACUUGGCAAAUGCAAGCCAUCGCCAAAGUCGGUCGAUAUGGGCCUGGGCUUGACGGGGCCGGAUUAAUACAAUUGUCUCUGUGGACUUUGAGGAUGAGCUCUCAUUCUACACUAGAAUCCAAUCCCUCGAAGUGCUUCCUCUCGUGAUCU